UCUGCAGCUAUACCUACUUGGCCAUAUUUGACUGUACUGGAGUCCUUCACCCCCUUCAGCAUCUUCAGAAGGACAGAGAAGAAAGCAGAAGCGGGGCAGCGGAUGCCAGACGAAAGGAGACUUUACCGAAGAUGGCCACGCCAAGAACAGUAACCAUUGUCGCCCUAUCCUUCGCACUGGGUCUUUUUUUCGUAUUCAUGGGCACGAUUAAACUCACGCCAAGAUUAAGCAAAGAUGCAUACAAUGAGAUGAAAAGAGCAUACAAGAGUUAUGCCAAGGCCCUUCCAGCAUUGAAAAAAAUAGGCGUUUCGUCUGUACUUCUGCGCAAGAUUAUUGGUACUCUUGAAGUGGGAUGUGGAGUGGUUUUGACCCUAGUGCCAGGGAGACCAAAAGACGUGGCCAACUUUAUUCUGCUGCUGGUCAUGCUAGCAGUGCUUUUCUUCCACCAGCUGGUUGGAGAUCCUCUAAAACGCUAUGCCCAUGCCCUGGUGUUUGGCAUUUUGCUGACUUGUCGGCUGCUCAUUGCUCGCCAGGGUGAGGACCGGCCUGAGAGGGAGGAGAGACGAGAGGAGCAGAUCAAUGCUCAGGAAAAGAACAAAGUCAAAGUUUCUUAGCUCCACAAUUUUAACACUGAGCACCUGGCAGCAGAUCCCUAUAUGUUUCUCUGGAUAGUUGAGAUUGUGCUCAGAAAAAAAGACAGUAGCCCCAAAAGGUGAUUUCUGUCCCUCACUUACAUGUCAGCAGUCCACAAAUCAGUUCUUAGUUUAUGUUACCUCAUGUCUUCUGAUUUGAAUGCUCUUAUUUAAAUACAAAUCUUCACCUUGGACAAUCACCAUUGUGGGAACUGUUUUGGCUGUUGUUCUGCAGCAAAAUAUUAAACUACUGUCAUUCCCUGCUGUAAUUUGAAUGCCUUCAUUGAACAAUAUUAUAGGACAUGCCACUUUUAAGAUCAUAUUGUGAUACAGGUAGCUUCAAAUGCUGACAUUAUCUUUUGUGAUGUUUUAUUUACUUUCUGAACUACUGUAGGUUGAAACCGGUUAUACAAAUCCAUUUAUGCUAACAUUGAGGGUUUUUGUUAAAACAUUAAAAUCGUUAAGAGUAUAAAAAUUCCCACCAAUCAUUUAAUAUGAUUUAAUGAUCAUUAAGAGCUCACACAUGAUCUGCAGAUACAUUUUAUUCUUCAGUUUGACCUUGCCCAUGAAUCAAAGCCUUUUCCGGGUCCUCUAAUUCUGUCAUAAUAAUCAUCAAAAAUGAACACCUAGACCACAUUUGUUCAGAUACAUUUGAUAUACUUUAUUUAUGUAAAAGUUCUGCGUAUUAUUUAUUGUAAUGUAUCUGUUUUUUUUUAAUUACACGAGGAAAUGUUUGAAGUUUUGUUUCUUUUACUGAAUCUGGUUUUUCUAGCUGACACUUGAAAUUGUCCAAUAAAAAUCUUAUCCUUGGAAUCGGAUGCUUUCUUACUUCUUUUAAGAGCUAGAAAUAUACAAAUUUAUUUAUUUUUC